AUGACGUACGACUGUGACGUCUUCAUUGUCGGGGCCGGCCCGGUCGGCACCGCUCUUGCGCUGGAGCUCGCCCUCCACCGUGUUUCCUUCCGCAUCAUUGACCGGGAGCCGGUCCGAAACGACAAAAGCCGGGCAUUGGUCAUGCAGCCCCGGACGCUCGAGCUCCUGAACCUGUACGUCAAGAGGAAGCUUGCCUCAUCCGUCAUCCUCGAUGGCCUCGGUACCACCGACACCGAGUUCAUCUUGCCCUUGAACGUCUCCCAGGUCGAAACCGAGAAGUUUCUGGAUACCUGUCUCGACAAGUACGACAUCAAGGUCGAGCGCCCCGUCACCGCCACCAGCAUCAGCCAAGAUGAUUCGGGAGUCACCGUCACCCUCGAACGGCCCGAUGGAAAGAGGGAGACGAUACGGUCCAGAUACAUCGUCGGCUGCGAUGGCGCCCAUAGCGUCGUCCGCCACGCCUCCGACAAGAUGACUUUCCCCGGCGGCGCUUACCCCCAAGACUUCGUCCUCUGCGACACCCGCCUGCGUGAUUCAUGCAUCCCGCUGGAUCGCUUGACUCUCAACCUCAACAACAAGGGCAUCGUCGCCAUCCUGCCCAUAAAGGACGACAUCGUUCGCGUGACCGCCUCGCGCUCGGUCGCCAUCCAGAACCAAGAAGAAACGCCCAGCUUGGACGAGCUCCAAACAUACUUCACCGCGAUGACCCCGGAGGGGUCAGGCACCCUCGGAACCCCAAUCUGGCUCGCCCGCUUCCGCCUCCACCACCGCUGCGUCAGCCAGUACCGUGACGGCCGCCUCUUCGUCGCCGGCGACGCCGCGCACAUCCACUCCCCGGCAGGCGGGCAGGGGAUGAACGCGGGCAUCCAGGACGCCAUCAACCUCGGCUGGAAGCUCGCGCGCGCGCUAUCCCUCCAGGCGCAGUCCCGGAACAUCAAAACCGCCACGCCCCACGCGCUCGCGGCCGCCGACGCCCUCCUGGACACGUACGACCUCGAGCGGCGGCCCGUGGGCAUGAUGCUGCUGCGCGGGACCGACCGGCUCUUCACCUUCCUGAGCUCGCCGGCGGCCUGGUUCGCGCCCAUCCGCAACUUCUUCCUGCGGCACGUCUCCCCGCGCCUCGUGCGGAGCCCCGCCGCCCGCCGCAAGAUCCUGUACUUCAUGUCCCAGUUCGGCGUCACCUACCGCGGCCGCACCCGCCUCGUCGGCGACGCCGCCGGCCUCUUCUGGCGGGCCCCCGUCCGCGGCGGCGACCGCCUGCCGGACGGCAAGGUCGGCGUGGUGCGCACCGCCGCCGCCGCCGCCGAGGCGGGGACGCAGGCGCAGACGCAGACCAGCCUGCAGCGGAUCUGUGUCGGCGCGCCGCACCACCUGUUGCUCUUUGCGGGCGACGCGGCGAAGGGUGGGCUGGGCGAGGCCGACUUGAGCCGUGCGGCGGAGAGCGUGGUGCGGGCGUGCCAGGCCGACGUCAGGGUGCACUUCAUCGCCGGGGACGACAGGUCGGCGGCGACGGCGGCGGCGCAGGGCGGCGAGGACUGGUACGCCGACCCGCGCGGCGAGCUGCACGCCAAGUUUGGGUUUGGGCCCCGGGCCGGCUACGUGCUCGUGCGCCCUGAUGGCUAUGUCGCGCAUAUCGGGCCGCUGGCGAAGUUGCAACAGCUGCUUGCGUUUUUGGAGGGGUAUCUGGUCUCGCCUGUUGUCACGCCCGUGCGGUCACGGUUCGAUUUUGUUCGCCUUCUUCUUUGGGCGGUUGUGGGUGCUUGUGUGGUCGCUGAGUUGGUGACGGAGGUUGCCCAGAUGGUGUGA